AUGAAGGAAUAUUUUAGAUUGAAAUAUAUCGAACUGUUAGAUUCCAUGCUUAACGCCGAAGAGUUAUUAGCUGCUUUUAAUGAUAUCGAUUCCACUAAUGAAGAAAUUUCAAUGGUUGAAGAGAAUGAGAGUGCUAGCAACAAAUCAGUUUGGAAUAAAGAAUUAUUGACGAAAAUGGCUAGUUCGCUAGUUAAUGUGUCCUUAACUAAAUUAAAGAACAAGCAACAACAACUAGACGGUAAAAAUAAGGAUGGUGAUGAUACAAAGACAGAUUUUGUAGCAAUGGAAGAGUUACAAAAAUAUAUUGACAAGACUACCGAUAUGAAACCUACUGUGGAAGAUGAAGAACCAUUUCUUGCUUUAUUCUUAGAUAAACUAAUCAGCAGACUGGUUCCCGAACCUUUACCUGCAAGAGAACAUAUUUUGCCCGAUGUGGUGGAUCAAGAGGUUUCAGUAGCAAUAUUAGCAUCAAAUGUUCAUAAAUUAUCAGAAAGAAUGGAAAAUGUAUUCGAAUUUCAAGAUACUAUGGUUAGAAUCUUAACGUGGAGACAACCCUCUACGAUGAUUAUCAUAUUAUUGAUCUUAACCAAGAUUUGUUAUAAUCCAAUGUAUUUAAUACUAUUACCUUUAUUAUAUUUAUCAUUAGGGAUCAUUAUUAAACAAUAUAAUUUAAAAUAUUUUGAUGGGACUCACUCAAGACAAUCUCAUAGAGAAAAAAUAGGGAAGUCUUUGAUUAACGAUCUUUUUAAACAUGAACCAUCAUCAUACACUACUGCUACUACUACUAAUAGCCUAAACACAACGCCACAAGAGAUUACUCAUGGAAUGCAAGUAGUUCUUAAUCUAAGAGAUUUUCAAAAUUUGACCACAAGUCAAUUACAUAUGAUGGAUUCAUUAUCAAGUUUCUUAAAUGAGACUGCAGCUUUUAAGGAUGAACGAAUUACAACAUUAUUAUUAGUAGGAUUGUUAUUAUCUUGUAUUGCAUUCAAAUGUCUAUCACCUUUCAUUAAUUGGAGUUUAUUAUGUAGUUGUACUCUAUGGUUAACAGCUAUUAUAACACAUCCAAAAUUAUUACCCCGUUUGAAACAGUUGCAUUGGUUCCAAUCACACGAUAAACAAGAAAUAUCAACGACGACAUUAACCACAUCAACUAUAAAAUAUGACGUGAUAUUAGAUCAACCACCUUCAAUUCGUUAUGUGGAGAUCUUUGAAAUAUAUAGACAAGGAUUAAUCCCAACGACAUGGAAAUUCUUCAUCUAUUCAAAAUCUUUAUUUAAUCCAACAGAUGAAUAUAGGAGAGCCCAAACCCCUCCACCUGGUGUGAAAGAUUUGUCUCAAGUGCAGGCACCUGAUCAAUGGUUGUUUGAUCCAAAUAGUGAAUGGGAAAUCGAUUACAAUAUUCAUGAUUGGGCCUCAGAUAGAAAUUUGGAUUUAUCCGUUGAUAAUGAGUUCCUAAUAGAUUCCACGUUUAAGAGAAGAAGGCUAACUAGACGUGUUAUCAAAGUGUUACCAUCAUCUUAA